AUGUCUCUCCCAAUCCCUCCCCAGCGGCCCUCCAUGUGCCCCCGGCAGGCGUCGAGCAGCAGCUUUGCUGAUGCCUUCGACGAUGCCCGGAGGAAGCUCGACGAGAUGGGCGUCCAGGAGCCGGGCGAAGACGAAGUGCUGUCCCCCUCGCUGUCGGCGUCCAGCUCUGCCACCGACGUGAGUGCUGCCACGGCGGGCGUCGAGUCACCCUCGCCCCUGAGCCCGGCCACGCCUACCACCGUCCCGAUCACACCCAUGGUCGAGGACGUGGCCGACAACUUUGCCUUCGCCUUCGACAUCGACGGCGUGCUCAUCCGCGGCGGGCGUCCGAUCCCCGAGGCUGUUGAGGCCAUGAAGGUCCUCAACGGCGAGAAUGAGUGGGGCGUCAAGGUUCCCUACAUCUUCCUGACCAACGGCGGCGGCAAGUUCGAGACGGAACGCUGCCACGACCUCUCGGAACAGCUCGAGAUCGACGUCAGGCCCGGUCAGUUCAUCUGCGGCCACACCCCCAUGAGGGAGUUCGCCGACCGGUACGGCACCGUCCUGGUCGUCGGCGGCGAGGGUGAGAAGUGCCGCGACGUGGCCGAGUCGUACGGCUUCCGCGACGUCGUCACCCCCGGCGACAUCCUCAAGGCCAACGCGCACACUGCCCCCUUCCGCAAGCUCACCGACAAGGAGCACGCCAACUCGCGGGACCUGCUCGCGCGCCACGGCGCCGAGAAGCUCUCCGACAUUGUCAUCGAGGCCAUCUUCGUCUUUGCCGACUCGCGCGACUGGGCGUCGGACCUGCAGAUCAUCCUCGACAUCGCCCAAUCCAAGGGCGGCAGGCUCGAGACGCGCUCCGAGACUUUUGACGAGGGUCCGCCCAUCUACUUCAGCCACAACGACGUCUUGUGGUCGGCGGCCCACGAACACGCCCGCCUCGGCAUGGGUGCGCUGCGGCGCAUCGUCGAGACCGUCUUCGAGGACACGACGGGCGGCAAGAAGCUCAAGACGCACGCCUUCGGCAAGCCGCAGGUGUCGACGUUCGAGUUCGCCACCCGCCUCCUGCAGCAGUGGCGGGCGACGCAGCACGGCCUGCGCCAGACGAAGCCGCCUGCCACCGUGUACUUUGUCGGCGACACGCCCGAGUCGGACAUCCGCGGCACCAACGCCAUGGACGCCAUCUCGGAGAACGAGUGGUACAGCAUCCUCGUCAAGACGGGUGUCUACCAGCCGGGCACCGAGCCCAAGUACAAGCCGCGCAAGCUGGUCGACACGGUGCUCGACGCCGUCAACCACGGCAUCCGCCGCGAGAUGGCCCGCCUCGCCUCGGGCAAGGACACCGGCGGCCGCAUCCUGCCGCUGAACGAUGUCGGGCUCAAGGCGGUUGCCGAGGGACAGAGCCCCGACAUUGAGGGACAGGAUAGCUUCCUGACUAUGGCCUAG